AUGUCGGCGAGCUUUAACCAAUCGGCGCAGGAUGUCCACGCCAGAUGUUGUAGAGAUCAUUGUGGACUUCCGGGUCGGGAUGGACGAGACGGACGGGACGGUAUUCAGGGACCGUAUGGACCACCUGGGUCCCCGGGAGAGAAGGGUCCUCCUGGACAGUCCUUCUUUAUGGAGUCCAGUCAGGAGAAGAUUUUAAACAUCUUAACAGAGAAGAUAGCUGCCAUGGUCGCCCAGGAGGUCAAGCUGACAUGUCCUGUAAAGUAUAAGGGGGAGGACUUGACAGUAGAGGGAAGGGCUCGUUCUGGCUCCUCCUCCAGAGAAAACACCCAACAGACAGACAUAGCGGGUGUGGUCUAUACUCGCUGGGGACGGACAAAAUGUCCCUGCUAUUCUACCACUUUGUACCAAGGUUUGAUGGCCGGGUCACAUUACCAGCACAAGGGUAGCGGUAGCAACCAUUUGUGCCUUCCUGUAAAUCCUCAGUGGAACAAGACUUUUGGCGGAUACCAGUUUGAAGCUUACCUGUAUGGAUCUGAGUUUGAGAUUUCCUCAAACCAUCGGAUCUUCCACCAGACGAACUCGGGCGGGGAUUUCUUCCACCAAAGGGACAUCCAGUGUGCUGUCUGUAACACACCGGGCAGAGCGAGUCACGUGAUGAUCCCAGCCCGCCUGGAGUGUCCAAUCGGAUGGACCGUGGAGUAUCUUGGGUUUCUCAUGGCUUCACAUCAUACUCACCGCAGGUCUGAGUACGUGUGCGUGGAUCAGGAUCCAGAUACUCACCCCGCCACCGCUAAAAACGUCAACGGCAAUCUGCUGUAUAUUGUAGAAGCCGUGUGUGGCCCACUGCCGUGUCCAAACUAUGUUGACGGUUAUGAAGUUACUUGUGUUGUUUGCACAAAAUAA